UUACCGUAGUUCGUCAUGCCAGCUGGGGGUUUCUCCGCUCCGGCGACAGCCGGUACUGAAUUUGAAGCUCAGAUUACACCGAUCGUCAUCAUUUCAUGUAUAAUGGCUGCCACCGGAGGUUUGAUGUUCGGCUACGACGUCGGAAUUUCAGGAGGCGUUACAUCCAUGGCUCCUUUCCUUCAAAAAUUCUUCCCAGUGGUCUAUCAAAGAACACAAUUAGCAUCAGGGAUUAACAGCAAUUACUGCAAAUACGACAAUCAAGGACUGCAGUUGUUCACUUCGUCUCUAUACCUUGCUGGUUUGACUGCGACAUUCUUCGCGUCUUACACUACACGAAGGCUUGGUCGGAGGCUGACGAUGCUUAUAGCGGGAUUCUUUUUCUUAGGUGGAGUCGCCCUAAACGCCACAGCUCAGAACCUUGCAAUGCUCAUCGUAGGAAGAAUCCUCCUUGGUUGUGGGGUCGGUUUUGCUAAUCAGGCUGUGCCUCUGUUUCUAUCAGAGAUAGCACCUACGAGAAUACGUGGAGGAUUAAAUAUACUAUUCCAAUUAAAUGUCACCAUUGGGAUUCUCUUUGCUAAUCUCGUUAAUUACGGAACCGCUAAAAUCAAAGGAGGGUGGGGUUGGAGGCUAUCACUUGGGCUGGCUGGAAUCCCUGCUGUCCUUCUCACUGUUGGGGCCUUAAUGGUGGUCGACACUCCAAACAGCCUCAUAGAGCGUGGUCGUCUGGAAGAAGGUAAAGCUGUGCUCAGGAAGAUUCGUGGCACCGACAAAAUUGAACCAGAGUUCUUGGAGCUCGUUGAGGCCAGUCGUGUUGCUAAACAAGUCAAACACCCUUUCAAAAACCUCCUCAAGCGAAGAAACCGUCCUCAGCUUAUCAUCGCCAUAGCUUUGCAGGUCUUCCAGCAAUUCACUGGUAUCAAUGCCAUCAUGUUCUAUGCUCCAGUGUUGUUCAACACAUUGGGUUUCGGCAGUGAUGCAUCCCUAUACUCGUCGGUCAUCACAGGGGCAGUCAAUGUCUUGUCUACAGUCGUUUCCAUCUACUCCGUCGACAAGGUGGGUCGUCGUUUGCUCUUACUGGAAGCUGGUGUCCAGAUGUUCAUAUCUCAAGUGAUUAUCGCAAUAGUUUUGGGAAUCAAGGUCACCGAUUACUCCAACAACCUUGGGAAAUGGUAUUCAGUGAUGGUGGUAGUGAUGGUGUGCACCUUCGUCUCUUCCUUUGCAUGGUCAUGGGGUCCACUUGGUUGGUUAAUACCUAGUGAGACUUUCCCACUAGAGACACGUUCAGCUGGGCAAAGUGUGACUGUGUGUGUCAACCUUCUUUUUACCUUUGUGAUUGCACAGGCAUUCCUUUCCAUGCUUUGUCACUUCAAGUUCGGCAUUUUCUUGUUCUUCUCCGGUUGGGUUCUCAUCAUGUCCGUCUUUGUUUUCUUUCUGCUCCCGGAAACCAAAAAUAACCCAAUUGAAGAGAUGACAGAGCGAGUUUGGAAACAACAUUGGUUUUGGAAGAGGUUCAUGGAGGACGAUGAUGAUGAAGAUACAAAGAAAGAUGCAGGAAACAGCAAUAUUAUUGGUUUUAAUCCUUCUUCGCAAUUGUAG